AUGCCAGCUCCUCUUGCUAAAGGGAUCAUCGUCACAGUCUCUGUUCUAGUAGCAGCCGGCGUGGCCGUCUACCAGUCGCCCCAAUUUCAGCAGUGGGUGACCAACUCUCGACGAAAAAUCGCCGUAGUCCUGCAUAACCUCGGCGAUGAGGUUCAACCACGCGGCUCAGUCUCUCCAGGCCGAGAAGACAUUUCCAUGAGCGAAGAGAUCGGAGAAGCUGCGGAAGAACGUAGGCGCAUCGCCAAGGCAGAGAUCAGACGCCGGGCUACUCUUUUGGAAAGUCGGCGCAAAAGCAGGACGUCCUUGCAAAACCAAGGGAGCUUUGAUACCCUCGUUGAUGCGGAUGGCAAUCUCCGCGCAUCAAGUAAGGAUGCGAGCUCUGCGCACGAAGAUCCUGCAGAUGGUCACUCUACUGCCUUGGACCUGGGAGCCAUGCAGCCGGCGGUGCGCCGAGGAGUACUGAAUGACGACGCCAUCAGCCCUAGUGCUGAACGGCCCGACCUCCACAUCGACAUUCUUUCGGAGACAACAUCCAACCACCCGUCGGAGGCUAUUCUGCAAUUUACACCAACCUCGGAAGUGCCAUCAGAGUUGCUGUUUGAUCCAUUCGCUGACUCUCCUCUUCGAUCGCAGACACCCGUGUCUGCUGCGGCAUCCAGCCACACCGAAGCCAACGAACAGGUCUACUAUGCUCAUCCAAGCUCUGAGCUUGACGAGGGCAGGCCUCAGGAUCUGCUCACUGACUUGGAUGACAUCUCUCCAAAUAAUCAGCAACAGCAACCUGUGUCAUCGACAUCCUCAAUCGCUGGUAGCUAUAGCCACAUCGGCGCUUCUAACGAUACGUCUUCAGAUGGAAGCUUGAGUGAUCUAGGAGAGCAUCUUGGAGACGGCAUUGAAACUCCUGCCAGCUGGUCUGAAGUCGGGAGUGUCGUUAGCCAGGACGAUGCUGGUCAUCAUUCGCUUGUUUGA